AUGCGGAUGACCCAGUCCGCCACGGACAACUGCCACAGUUUCGAUGCCAAAGCGGAUUUACAUGCCAAGGCCGAAGUCUCUGGAGUGCCACGGUACUGGUACGCCGGCUGGCGACCCGACGAAAAUGCCACCUUGGUGUACGCAGGCACCCACGAGUCCGGUCAGGAGCCAGCGAUCGGAUCCAUCAAGAGCAAUUUCGGCCACCAUGAGGCCGCAACUGGAUUUUCCGGGUCGAUGAAGGUCGUUCUCGCCCUGGAGCAUGGCAUCAUCCUCAGCAACCAUAUCUUCGUCAAUCCCAAUCCUAACAAGGAUUUCGCGGCAUCCCGUGUCCGUGCCACGCACAUGGCUAUCAAGUGGCCUCAGACGUCGCUCGACGUGCGUCGUGCCAGUGUGAAGUCGUUCGGUUUUUGCGGCUCCAACGCACUUAUCAUUGUGAUCACCUCAGACUUCUUCGGCGAUGACGAGAACGAUGGAGAAGUGGUUGUCGCUGAAUAUGCUCCACCAAAAGUUCUCGUCCUGUCAGCCAACGACCAGCAAUCGCUAAACAACUGCAUCAGUGCGAUCUCCGAGAAUUUUAUCAAUCCUAAUGUCGCGGUCGACUUGGACGACCUGGCCUACGCACUUGACGAGCGCAGGAGCCACCACUGCUAUCGUGCUUUUUUGAUCAGCCACAGCAGCAGCAGUAGAGAUCAGGAACAACUGCACUUCGGUCAGAAGGCUGUUUCGAAACCUCGGGUUGGAUCGUUCUUCACCGGUCAGGGAGCGCAGUGGUCUCAAAUGGAGCCGGGUCUUGUCAAGGCUUCCCACAAGCGAGAGAAGUGGUUGAGAAACUAG